AUGGUGACCCUCGUCGUCCCGCCCACGCUCGCCGCCUCGCCGCCGCCGACCGCGUCGUCCACGUCGUCCGUCGUCAUCGACGACAUCAUCCGCGGCCUCGCUGACACCACCGCCGGGCGUAUCCGCACGGACGCCGACGCGACGUCGCGCGCGUCCACCGACUUCGGCACCAACGUGACCGUGGACGCGGCCCGGCCGGCGGCCGUGUUCUACCCGUCGUGCGCUGCCGACAUCGCCGCGCUGCUGCGGGCGUCCAGCGCGAGCGUCUCGCCGUUCCCCGUCUCCGCGAGGGGGUGCGGGCACUCGACCCGGGGCCAGGCGACGGCCCCCGGCGGCGUCGUCAUCGACAUGCCGUCGCUAGGGCGCCACGCCACCAACUCCUCCGCGCGGCUCGCCGUGUCGGUGGACGGGCGCUACAUCGACGCCGGCGGCGAGCAGCUGUGGGUGGACGUGCGGCACGCCACCCUGGCGCACGGCCUCACGCCGCGCUCGUGGACGGACUACCUCCACCUCACGGUCGGUGGCACGCUCUCCAACGCUGGCAUCAGCGGCCAGGCCUUCCGCCAUGGCCCGCAGAUAUCCAACGUCCUCGAGCUCGACGUCGUCACGGGAACAGGGGAGAUGAUGACGUGCUCCAAGUCGAAGGAGGCCGACCUCUUCGACGCCGUGCUCGGCGGGCUGGGGCAGUUCGGCAUCAUAACGCGCGCGCGGAUCCCGCUGGUGCCGGCGCCGGCGAAAGCGCGGUGGGUGCGGCUCCUCUACACCGGCGCCGCGGACCUGACGGGCGACCAGGAGCGGCUCAUCGACGAGCGCGGCGCGCUGGCCGGGCUCAUGGACUACGUCGAGGGCUCCGUCCUCACCGACGUCCAGGGCCUCAUCGGCAGCUGGCGCUCGCAGCCACCGUCGUCGUCCUUCUACUCAGAGGCUGACGCUGCGCGCAUCGCCGCGCUAGCCAAGGAGGCCGGCGGCGUCCUUUACUGCCUGGACGGCGCGGUGUACUACGGCGGCGCCAGCGACACGACAGCCACAGACGUUGACAAGGGCGUGGAGGUGAUGCUGCGUGAGCUGCGGUACGCGCGGGGGUUGGCGUUCGUGCAGGACGUGUCGUACGUGCAGUUCCUGGACCGCGUCAGCACCGGCGAGCGCAGACUCCGCGACGAGGGCCUCUGGGAGGUGCCGCACCCGUGGCUCAGCCUCUUCCUCCCGCGCUCCCGCAUCCUGGACUUCGCCGCGGGCGUCUUCCACGGCGUGCUCCGCCGCCGCGACGGCGCCGCCGUGAAGGGCGGCGGCCCCGUGCUUGUGUACCCCAUGAACAGGGGCAAGUGGGACGGUGCCACGUCGGCGGUGCUCCCCACCGUCGGCGACGGCCAGGAAGAGGAGGAGGUGUUCUACACGGUGGGCAUCCUGCGGUCGGCGGUGGCAGACGGCGACCUGCGGCGCAUGGAGGAGCAGAACGCGGAGGUGGCGCGCUUCUGCGAGGCCGCCGGCAUCCCGUGCACGCAGUACCUGCCCUACUACGCGACACCGGAGGAGUGGGCGGCUCGGCACUUCGGGCCCGGCAGGUGGGACAGGUUCCUCCGCCGCAAGAGGAAAUACGACCCCAUGGCGAUCCUGUCGCGCGGGCAGAGGAUUUUCUCCUACCCACUACUUGCCUGA